ACGGAAUGACUGCGACAAUAAGGGUGCGAGGGACAAAAGCUGCCCUCCGCCUGGCGUAUAGUGAUCGACUGUGUUGAAGAGGAGGAGGGAGAGAGGGAGAGAGGGAGAGAGGGAGGUGGCGGAGGGGGAAGGGAGAGACGGAGGAGUGGGCGUGUUCUACCUGUUCUCCCGGUUCUGAUGGUGGAUGGAUUACCGUAGGAAUCGAACACGGGAUCGUUUUUUUGUGAAUCAACGGACAGAAAGUGACAAUCGGGGCCGUCGCGCGCCACAGAAGAGGCGUCCUCCCCCUUGCUCUACAGUCUACAUUGAUUGACUGUGUUCAAGAGGAGGAGGAGGAGGAGGAGGAGGUAGGGAGAGAGGGAGGAGGAGGAGGAAAAGGAGGAGGGAGAGAGGGAGGAGGAGAAGUAGUAGUAGUAGGAGGAAAAGGAGGAGGGAGAGAGGGAGGAGGAGAAGUAGUAGUAGUAGGAGGAGGAAGAGGGAAAGGAGGAGGAGAGAGGGAGGAGGAGAAGUCGUAGGAGGAGGAGGAAAGGUAGGAGGGAGAAAGGGAGGAGGAGGAGGAGGAGGAGGAGGGAGUACGAGAGAAUCGUACAUUGAUCGACUGUGAGGAGGAGGAGGAGGAGGAGGAGGAGGGAGAGGAGGCGGGAGUACGAGAGAAUCGUACAUUGAUCGACUGUGCUCGAGAGGAGGAGGGAAGGAGGGAGAGAAGGAGGAGUAGGAGGAGGAGGAGGAGGGAGUGCUAGAGAAAGAGGUGAAACGGAGCGGCAGGAAGUGGUUGAUGUGAUUAGUUGUAUAGUCAAACCAAUGGUCGAAAGCGGUUAAAAAGGAAGAAAAAAAAAGAAAAAAAGGAGGAAAAAGCAAAAAACAAGGGGGGGAGGAAAGGAAAGGAAGGGCAGAUUUAUUGACAGCGCGUUUUUUUUCCAGUAGAAAAAAAAAAAAGUGUUUCUCAGGCGGAAGCAGACAGAAGAGCGUGGGAGGUCGUCGAUGAAUGGUGCAAGCAAUAGCGGCUAUUGGAUGUGAUAAAAACAGAGAUGGCACUGGUGCUCCCGUCUGUGGCAUUGGUAAUCUCGUUGUUUUGUCCAGCCUGUCAAUCUGGUGUCUGGACAGAGUCUGCCUGAUCGGUAAGGGGGAGAACGAAGCGUGAUCGGCGAUCAGUGGCAGCAAGACCGGCGGCAAGAUGUCAACGCGUGUUGCACCCGGGGUGGGUGCGAAUCUCCUUGGGCAACAUGCUGCUGAGCGGAAUCAGGAUGCGACUGCCUACGUAGGGAACGUCGAUGGCCAGGUGACCGAGGAACUGCUUUGGGAGCUGUUUGUGCAGGCGGGGCCGGUGGUGAACGUCUACGUCCCGAAGGACAGAGUGACAAACAUGCACCAGGGGUAUGGGUUUGUGGAGUUUCGAAGCGAGGAGGAUGCAGACUACGCGAUCAAGAUCAUGAACAUGAUUAAACUUUAUGGGAAACCCAUCAGAGUCAACAAAGCGUCGCAGGAUCGGAAGAGUCUGGAUGUCGGCGCCAAUCUGUUCAUCGGGAAUCUGGAUCCCGAUGUGGACGAGAAGUUGCUGUACGAUACUUUCAGCGCAUUCGGGGUGAUUGUCUCCAAUCCGAAGAUCAUGCGCGAACCGGAAACCGGCAACAGCCGCGGGUUUGGUUUCAUCAGCUACGACACGUUUGAGGCCUCGGAUGCAGCCAUAGAGGCCAUGAAUGGGCAGUAUCUGUGCAAUCGCCCGAUCACCGUAUCGUACGCGUAUAAGAAGGACACGAAGGGGGAACGGCAUGGCACAGCUGCAGAAAGGUUGCUUGCUGCGAGCAACCCUGCUUCCCAGAAGAACAGACCGCACACGCUGUUUGCAACGGGACCGCCACCGGCAGGAGGGGUGGCCACCUCAGGGAGUGGAGCAGCACGGACAGGAACAGACUCUCCUGCACAGCAGAAUGGUGGCCCGAAAGAUGCCCCCUCGACACCUUCUACGGCCCCAGCGUCCAACGGUCCUCCUGUCCCUCCUGCCGCUCCUCCACCUCCCCCGACAUCGUUCCCACCCCUCCCAACUUCCAGUGGGCCGCCCUCGUCGGUGCCGCCUCCGCAACAGAUGCCCCCACCUCCUCUCCCAUCAAGGGGCCCACCUCCUCCGUCUCACAUGCCGCCUCCCCCUCCUCUUCCUGGGCAAUUGCCGCAAGGAGGACCUCCACAACAGCCUCCAUCGCAACCCCUCCCAGCACAGCCGCCUCCUCCGCUGCAACAGCCGCCGCCCCCACCUCCACAGCAGCAACAGCAACAAUCAAUGCGGCCACCACCGCAGCCACAGCUUCCCCCUGGUCCUCCACCUCCUUUUUCAGUUCCUCCUCCAAUUCCCACCUCGGGCCCACCACCUCCACUUCCAUCGUCAGGUGGGCCUCCUCUCCCGCCCGCCUCCAUGCCAGGUGGCAUGCGUCCACCACCUUGGAUCAUGCAGUCAGCAGGCAUGACAGGCCCAAUGCACCCUCCACCAGGACAGGGUGUGCCUCCGCCACAGGUAGGAGGGCAAUUCAGACCACCUGCACAUCUGACCGGCACGGGGAUGCCCCUGCCUCCUGGUUCGCAGCAAAUGCCUCAUCCAGGCCAGGGUGGCCCUCCACAGAUGCCACCUCCUCCUCGUCCGUUUCAGGGCAUGCCGCCACCUCCACCUAUGUCGCAGCCUGGCAUGUCGGGACCUCCUCCCCAGGGUCCUCCGCCUCCUAUGAUGACUCAGCAACCGCCGCCGAAUCAGCCUCCCCCUCCACCCUGGGUUCGAGGUCCCCUCCCACCUCCCCCACACCCUGGUAUGCGUGGUCCGCCCCCGCCGCUCCCCAAUAUGCUGCAACAGGGGAGGAGUAUGGGCCCACCGCCGCCUUCGCAUCACCUACAGCAGCCUCCUCCAGGCGCUCCUCCUCCAGGUCCUCCUCCUUCAGGUCCUCCUCCUCCAGGUGCUCCUCCCCCAGGUGCUCCUCCCCCAGGUGCUCCUCCCCCAGGUGCUCCUCCCCCAGGUGCCCCUCCCCCAGGUGCUCCUCCCCCAGGUGCUCCUCCCCCAGGUGUUCCUCCUCCAGGUGUUCCUCCUCCAGGUGUUCCUCUUCCUCGUGGAAUGCCACCCCCUCCACCCCAGGCAACCCAAGCACCACCUGCUCCACCUGGCAGUGGAAGAUGAGCAUGGCGAGUUAUGUCUGUUGUUGUCGGAAUCAUGUAGGUGCUAAAUUAACUGCCCACCACCCCAGUUUUGGGACCCGAUUGAUUGCCAAAGGGCCUCUGAUUUUCCAGUUGGUUCAUUGGAUGGCAAAUCUGGCAGCUACAGUUUUUCAUUCCCUCUGCAGGGACGGCCCCAGGCCCAGAAGCCCAUGGCGAAAGGAGCGGUGGUGCACGUCCCCCAGCUGUGAGCACCUUCAGUAAUCAUCCCUCACUCAAUGUCCCCUUGUUAAAGCACCAGUACACCACAUAUCGGCCUGCGGGUGUCAGCAUGAAACCCGCACCAGGUCAGAGGCUUCCGAUUUUUUUUUUUCAACGGCGGACCUGGCCGCACGGUGCCUCCGAGUUUUGCUUGUGACGACAAAAACUUUCCUGCAAGGCUGGGGCCGUGUACUAGCGGUUUAAGUGCAGUUGGGGAACAGGAGGGUACCCAACUAGCAGCACAGAUUGUAGUGUUCCCCACUGUCUCAUCACAGAAAGGAGCAGUGGUUUAUGUCCUCCUCUGUGGGGACCACCUUUGGUGAUCAUCCAUCACGCACUCUGUCCUCUGUUAACUGCAGUGAAGGAAACAGGAGGGGUUCUCGUCGUCUCGACCAGUAGGACACUUUUAGCAGUAGGUGCUGUUAAACUUGACCCUCUUUUUUUUUUCUUUUUUCUUUUUCAAGAAAAAAAAAAACAUUUCAUCACCUCCCUCAAGUCAUUGUUCAAGCUUAGUUGGAAAGUGGAAGGACGCUUUCCGCGGUCCCCACAUCUUGGAUCUAGUAGCAUCUGAUAACCAAACCUUUGUUGUUGCCUCGACACAUGCCAUGCCUGACAGCAAGAUGUAUUUUUCAAACAAGGUGCAAGCAUGCUAUCAGGAAAGGAGUCAAGGAAAUGUGUGUGUUUACAAGACGAGGACUAUAUCUGCCUUCCAGAGAAAACACCCGAUGCCAUCUACCCUGGUCGUGGGGUAGCAUGGAAGGAAGGAAGGACUAAGCUGGAAAACGAAAACUCGUAGGAGAGUCAAAAGACUGACCUUUCACCUCAAAACUCCUCUGCUGUUGAGGAACAUAUUAAGAACAGAGUUGGAAAAUA